CAACUACUUGUAUUAUGCCCUCGCAUUACUUUAUAUACAACAAACAUAUAAUCAACAACUUGGAAUCUAAGCCGGAGAGAGUAUGUCACUUUCUUCAAUGUCCGCGAAAAGAGAAGGGAUACGAGGGUAAGAAGAUGAGAAUGUGCGGGAAAUGCCAGUACAUACGAUAUUGCAGCGAGGCAUGUCAGAAAUCCGAUUGGCGUCGACACAGAGAGUAUUGUCGCGAAAAGCUGCGCUUCAUUGAUGGGAGCGCCUGGGUUGAGGAACAUCGAUGGAUAUUUGAAUGGGCGACUUUGGAAGCCCUUCGCGUACACACCACCGACGAUCUCCUUCAUAGUUUUCUGCAGCUCGAUGUGAUGUACGGCGACUUGACCAGGCUUGGUGGACGUCCGGAACAGACUAUUUUCUUAUCUAAGGCGUCUGUUACUCCGUUUUCUGAAGCGCCGUGGCUUACGAAUAUGGAAGUUGAUAACAAGGAGGCUCAGGAGAUUAGGGAUAAUGGAGGAACGGGUAGAGCCUUUGCGUUUGUCUGUUUUCGAUGGGAGCGCGACGGGCGUAUGAUGGCGUUUCCUUUGAGAAUUGACUUGACUGCGUUGACGACGCCUGGAUAUCAGCAUAUCUCUGCUUGGAAGCCUAUUCUUUAUGGUGUUGUCCGCGAACAGAUUUCGAUGGAUGAGCUGGCCCAGGAUAUACUGCAAGCGGGAAGUACUACAUCUUCGAUGAAUCUGAAUGACAUGGAUUUUGAAGAUAUUAUCGACGACAUGGGGAUGCUUUCGAUGGAUGCGUAGAUACAAUGGACUAAGCAUGCUUAUUCUAUGCACUACGUAGCCAAACUGGCAUUCACACCUCUAACACAUUGGAAGGCUGGCCAAAUCAAAACAAUAUGUACUAUAUUUUCUUGGAUGGAUUUGGAGAAUGCGUAGAUACGAUGGACUAUAUUUACUUCGCGUACGGUAGCCAAACUUGCAUCCACACUCAGUCUAACACACUGGAAAACUUGUCAUAUCAAAACAAUGCACUAUAUUUUCUUGUGAUAUUAUCAACGCUUCGACGAACAUGGAACAACUUCUCGAUAUCUGCUAUCAUAAAGCCAGCGAGUUGAGUGAUAUCCUAUAAA